AUAAUAUAUGUAUAUAUGUUUAUAAUAUAUAUAUACACGUACAUUUAUAUAUAUAAAACAUACAUAAAUAUUAAUAUAUAAAGACGCAAAAAUGUUUCCCGCUGGUUUGUUUCUACGCACACAAGCCUCAAUUCCAAAUUACGCACGUUACUCAGAGUCGAAGAGCAGUUUACCUACAAAUGUAUUUCUGCUGGGCGGCGGUCUCGGUAAGUUGCAAGGUGGCAUCAAGGAAGAAGAAUACUUUAGCUCGAUCAAUCAUGGAUUAAUGUCCAAUAUACGCAAACAUAUUGAGUCCUCGAAGACCGCAGACUAUAUGCGCAAAUACGAGGAAUAUCAACGUACAUUAGAUCAUGCUGCUCUCUACAAUACAACUUGUAUAAACAAAUACAAGGAUAUACAUGAAGAGGCAUUCUUCUUGAAUGAGAGCACCGAAUGUUUAAAAGUUUUGCAUAAUCGUGGAAAGGACGAUCCCAUCGAUGACGAUGAAUCAUAGGCAAAGUAAUUGGCAAAUCCAAAUGAAUGUU